AUGAGCGCAAGCGCGUCUGGCACGACACAUCAUAGCGCAAGACCUAUACCGAACGGAUCCCCGCGCUUUCUGGUCGCGUGGCAUAUGCACGCAUCCUUGAGGCCGUUGUGGCAGCCGUCUGAGAGACGUGCUGCGGACAAGAACAAGCACGAGAGCCAGGCGAUCGCGGACGGGCUUGCACGUCGAAACGUACGGAUACGGCAUGGUCCUCGCCCUGCGAACCCGAUCGAGCAGACGAAACUGCAAGGAGAGCGUGGGCCGUGGAGCUAA